GGAUUGUACUUCCUUUUUAGUUCUUGCUGUUGAAAAGAAAAAAAAAUUGUAAAUAGUCAUUAGACAUUUAAGGAUUUUUUUCCCCCCAGUCAACUCCGGAAUUAUCAAUAUGAGCCAGACCCUUGUUGAUUUCCAGCGCAACACAAGCAACGCAGUUGUGCAACUAAAUUUAUGCUAUGUUGGAGUAGGGAAGAAAAAUGGAUUGGUGUCCGAAAAAUUGGAAAAUGGACUGAAUCGAUCACAUUCUGGAUUGCAGUGUAUUGAAAACCCAGAUGAUGAACUGGAUGGUUGUGCCUGCCUUAUUGUGGGGGGCGAGCCAAAGAUGGCGAAUACGGCACGCUGCAAUACUGACAUGAGUUUCAAUGGUGAUGGUUCCCUGCCACCUACUCCACCUUCGCCGCGUACUCCUGAUUGCGAGUUUCCAAGCGCUGUUGUUCCUAACUUAGACGCGGUAAAGUGUGGCCUUCUAAAAGAUGAACUAUAUCAGCAGACUUUCUAUCUCAUAAUGGACUAUUUUAAGGAGUACGCAGGUUGCGGUGGAUGUACAAAGACCAACGGUCUUAACCUAAUCUCCAUCGGUUCGUUAAACAAGGCAGCAGAGACUCUUCGAAAAAUAUGUGGGCAACUAAUGGACAAACAUCAGCUGGCGUUCAAAGGUGCAACACAGAAAUUAGUUAUCAAAAAUGAAGAUGAUUUGAAAAUUGUCAGAAGUAUUUCAUCUGAGGUUUUUAAAGAUGGAAUCACAAACUGGGGCAGAAUAGCUACAGUCAUUGCGUUUGGAGCAUUUCUGAGUCGACACCUUAAGGAAGUACACAUGGAAAACUGUGUUGAUGGGGUGGCGAAAUGCAUCGCAGACUUCUUAGUACAAGAAAAAAGGGACUGGCUGGUGAAACAUCAAAGCUGGGAUGGAUUUGUUGAGUUUUUCCACUUGGAAGACCCAGAGAGCAGCGUCCGGAAUGUACUGAUGGCAUUUGCAGGUGUUGCUGGGUUGGGAGCAGGUCUAGCCUACAUGAUCAGGUGAAUUGUGACUUGUGUGUAAAACUGCUCCAAUAUUUUGCUCAGAGUUGCAAAAUAAUGCUUUAUGUAUACAACAAGGCUGCUCUCUGAAUAUACAUCUACAGAAAGCUUCCUUUAAAAGGGAGACCAGACUUUUUGCUCCUGUGGUGCAAAGAAUGAUGCCCCCCAAGAGACGGGUGGGGUGUCAGAAAGCUGGGAAAGGGUUGGUCACAUACAGCGUAAUGGCUACCAUGGAAAGUGUGCCACAGCCUCUCUGGUUUUGUCUUCUACUUGUCUUCUACUUGAGUUGAUCUGCACUCACCUUUCUUCACUUGCUUCCUGAAGACUGUGGACUGUUCAGAGUAGCAGGCCUCUCAUUUUGAAAUGUUGCAAGUAAUUCUGCUUGAAUACUGUUCAAUACCAAAUCAGAUCUUGUGUUGAGGGAGAAUGAGUUUAUUUUUGUGCACCUAUUUCCAGUCACUUCAGUUUUAUACACUGUUUUUGGUUCAAAUUUCAGUGCAUCUUGGACAGUUAACACUGUAGUAAGUCUUCACAUGCAAAAUUUUUUCUUGCACUAUUGCUGUAGUGCAGCACUUUAGGUGGGAAUGGUAAAGAAUGACUACUUCUAGCUUGUCGCCCAACUGGUUUCUACAUGUUUAGUCCUAAUCCCAGACCGUCUCAUCAAGUACAACUAAAGUUUAAUUUUUAACUAAAUAAAUUAUUUUUUUACUGAA